UUGUCCUGGGUGCUGGAGCAACAGGACCCAUCAGGUUCUAAUGAUGACCUCACCGCGGUGCGGAACCACACCGAUCAGAUGCUGUGCCUCCUGGCUGAGGAGCGACCGGGGGAGGGGGGCGAGGGCCCUUCCGGGGCGGUAACGUCCGAUAACGUCCCCCCCAUGGGCCCCAUCCUGGACCUGGUGGUGACUGAGAACGUCCUGGAGCGUGUGGUGCAGUGGCACCUGCGUCGUGGAUUGGACCCCGACAGCCAGGGGGCGCUACUCAAGCUGUUUGAGAUGCUGAUAGGCCAUUCUCAGCAGCCCCUGCUCCAACACAAGGCGGUGCUGCAGCCUCUGCUGGGCCUGCUGGGGGCCUGUACUGAUCCCCAGCUGGGCUGUCCUCCCUCUCUGGAGAACAGCCUGGUGCUGCUGCUCAACCAGGUGGGUGGAACAGUGGAAAAGAGCUUCCUCUCUAGUAAGGAUAUUCAUCUCUCCUCACAAGCACGAUUCAAUACCUGUCUAGUUAAAUGGGCUCUGAUACGAUACAGGAAUGAUACUUCUAGUUUUGAAACUGUUCGAUACGAUUCGAUGCACUAGCAAUUGUUGCAAGAACACAUUCAUUUUCCAUUCUAAAUUAAUAUCUGAUACUGAUGGAGAUCAGAAGCUGAGCUGUGUGUGUGUGUGUGUGUGUGUGUGUGUGUGUGUGUGUGUGUGUAAGCUGACCAUAAGCCAGAUAGCAUCUACCACUAUCAGAUUGGAGGGGGAGGGGCAAUUUAUGUUUUUGUUCCCCCACUUUUUAUCUGAAAUCCUCAUCCCCACAGAUUAACUUGUCAUUUAGCGGAUAAAAAUGUUUUGAGCUAGUAAUAUGUAAAUAUUUAUCUUUAGAAAUUAGCUAUGACAUACACUGAGUGUACAAAACAUUAAGAACACCUUCCUAAUAUUGAGUUGCACAUCCCCCCUUUUCCCUGCAAACAGCCUCAGUUCGUCCGGAGCAAUGACUCUACAAGGUGUCGAAAGCGUUCCACAGGGAUGCUGGCUCCAUGUGGACUCCAAUGCUUCACACUGUUGUGUCAAGUUGGCUGGAUGUCCUUUGGUUGGUGGACCGUUCUUGAUACACACGGGAAACUGUUGAGCGUGAAAAACCCAGCAGCGUUGCAGUUCUUGACACAAACCAGUGUGCCUGGCACCUACUACCAUACCUCGUUCAAAGGCACUUAAAUAUUUUGUCUUUCCCAUUCUCCCUCUGAAUGGCACACAUACACAAUCCAUGUCUCAAAUAUCUCAAGGCUUAAAAAUCCUUCUUUCAUCUACACUGAUUUGAAGUGGAUUUAACAAGUGACAUCCAGCUUUCACUGGAUUCAACUGGUCAGUCUAUGUCAUGGAAAGAACAGGUGUUCAUAAUGUUUUGUACAUAGCCAAUUAAUAUAAUGCAGCUUUGGAUUUCACCCGUCUCAAAGCGAAUGGUUUUGACCAUUUUGAACUUUACGGAGGAGAGCUGCUCUCUUUUCCCAUUCUGACCAGUGCGGCUCGCUGUCCUUGUUAUGAAAUUAAACCUUUACCAUGUUGAUGUAAAAAUGACCAAAUGCACUGACUGUUUAAAGCAGAACUACCAAAAAUAUUUAGUACGGUGAACCUGGUAAUGGAAAAGCCCCAAUCAGCAGUUAGAUAUGAGUCCACUCCGGUAGCCCUACACAGCUCCGCCGGUAAAACACCCAUUUUCUACAGCGCAUUUCGUAACAAUGACCCAGCAAAUUACAUUGGUUGUCACUCAACGAAUAAAGCCUAUGAUUUGACAUUGCGAAAGCCACUCUGGUUGGCGCCAGCAGCUGUGUCUCCCACACUGUGCGCACAGUUCUCUGACUUGUAGAUUCAUGUAAUACGCAGGUACAUGGACUCAUCAAUUCAGUCACAACAGAUUAGAGGUAUUUUCGGAAAUAAGGCCCCCCCCCCAAAAAAUAAAAAUAUAUAUGAUUAAAUAACGUUCAUUGUACCGGCGAUUCGUGUAACGUUUCAAUCCGUUUUCUUACCGAUGCAUGCUUCAUUUGGAUCUGUUUGGGCUCCUGUGCCACCGUUGCACUCGCAUCUUAAACAUUUGAACCAGGGAUCGAUGCAUUUUGGUGAAUCGUUACAUCAAAUCCUCUCAAUGUUCCUGCCUUUUCUAGAGAGUUUUUUCCACUGAGCUUCUGCUUCUGCAUUGCUUGCUCUUUGGGGUUUCAGGCUGGGUAUCUGUAAAGCACUUUGACAACUGCUGAUCGAAAAAAAGGGGGCUUCAUAAAAUACUUUUGAUUGAUUUGAAAGGAGCGUUGAUCAUGGAGGCAUGGAUGCCAUCAGGCUAUCUUCUGACGUUACUGAUUUGAUCUCAUCUGAAAAAGUAACAUGGACUAACGUUUUCUGCUGUUUUAACCUUUUCGAAUCCAUAUAAUGUCUAAAGGUUUCUCCUGGCUUGUAAAGGGGCUUAGGUGGUGGGCAUUGUGUUGUUUUUAUGUGUUUUCAUGAACUGAACAAGAUAUUCUGGUCCCCAUCACCAGAUCUGUGUGUCGAUGGCGCGUGCUCCUGCGGUGUUGGAGCUGUUGUUCAGGACGGCGCCGGCCCAACAGGGUCCAACCAACCUGCUCAUCUUCUCCCUGCUGAUCCCCUUCCUCCACCGUGACGGGGCCAUCGGACAGCAGGCCCGCGACGCCCUGCUCCUCGUCAUGGCAACCUCCGCCAGCAACCAGGGCGUGGCAUGCUACAUCGCAGAGAACUCCUACUUCUGCCCGGUGAGUGAUCAAUCAAUUGAUCAAAUGUAUUUUAUAAAGCCCUUUUUACAUCAGCAGUUGUCACAAAGUGCUAUACAGCCAUAUCUCAGACUGGCCAAUAAAAAUAAAAGAUUUAGUUGGCCAGUCUGAGAUAUGGCUUUUUCUUUGCAACUCUGCCUAGAAGGUCAGCAUCCCGGAGUCGCCUCUUCACUGUUGACGUUGAGACUGGUUGUUUUGCGGGUACUAUUUAAUGAAGCUGCCAGUUGAGGACCUGUGAGGCGUCUGUUUCUCAAACUAGACACUCAAAUGUAUUUGUCCUCUUGCUCAGUUGUGCACCGGGGCCUCCCACUCCUCUUUCUAUUCUGGUUAGAGCCAGUUUGGGCUGUUCUGUGAAGGGAGUAGUACACAGCGUUGUACGAGAUCUUCAGUUUCUUGGCAAUUUCUCACAUGGAAUAGCCUUCAUUUGUCAGAACAAGAAUAGACUGACGAGUUUCAGAAGAAAGUUAUUUGUUUCUGGCCAUUUUGAGCCUGUAAUCGAACCCACAAUUGCUGAUGCUCCAGAUACUCAACUAGUCUCAAGAAGGCCAGGCCUGUGUACGCCUAUGUAAAUAUUGCAUAAAAAAUCUGCAGUUUCCAGCUACAAUAGCCAUUUACAACAUUAACAAGGUCUACACUGUAUUUCUGAUCAAUUUGAUGUUAAUUUAAUGGACAAAAAAAUGCUUUUCUUUCGAAAACAAGGACAUUUCUAAGUGACCCCAAACUUUUGAACGGUAGUGUAUGUUACCUCUUUCACUGGUGGUGUGAAGAAAAUCUUAGAAAAUCAAGUUGGCUACAGGAGACCUUUACAAGUCUUUGUGGAUUAUCUGGAUUCUGUGCCAUCAUUUGAAAGGAUUAUGAGGAAAACCCAGAGCUUGAAUAAACAGCAUGACAAAGCGCUACAUGUUUUUCUAAACCCAUGAUUAAUUCAAUAUUUCCUUCACUAACUUUGUCUGUGGGCUGAUUGUAUCUCACUGAGGAUCUGGAACCACUGUUUCCUUCCUUCCUUCCUUCCGACUGACAGGCACAUGCUGAUGAUGAUGACUGUGUGUGUGAGAUAAGAGGACAGAGAAGUCUGUGGUGCAGCUUCCUCUUCCUUCAGCCAGCCCUCUAACUGAUAGAUAGCAGCACGUCUUAUCAACACUUCUCUUGCUAAACCGUCAGAUAGUUUCAUAUUGGUCCUGUCACUCUGAUGUGUACCCUUUGACCCUUUGAGCCUGAGUCAGUGAGGUUACUGGACCAGUUGGAGCUUCCCCUUUGGCUGACAGUUUUGCUUGAACCCCCUGCUGCAGACCGUACAGUUUGACUGCUACUGUUCUGUAGCACUAGUAUUCAUGCAUAUGUUGAGGGUUAUUUACAUUACAUUCACGUCAUUUAGCAGACGCUCUUAUCCAGAGAGACUUACAUACAUUUGCAUACUUUUUUUCCAUACUAGUCCCCCGUGGGAAUCGAACCCACAACCCUGGCGUUGCAAGCGCCAUGCUCUACCAACUGAGCUACACAGGACUAUGUAAGGGUUAGGGUUAGGCCAUAUGUUGCCCAUAGGUUGAGGGUUAGGCCAUAGGUUGAGGGUUAGGCCAUAGGUUGAGGGUUAGGCCAUAGGUUGAGGGUUAGGCCAUAGGUUGAGGGUUAGGCCAUAGGUUGAGGGUUAGGCCAUAGGUUGAGGGUUAGGCCAUAGGUUGAGGGUUAGGCCAUAUGUUGAGGGUUAGGCCAUAUGUUGAGGGUUAGGCCAUAGGUUGAGGGUUAGGCCAUAUGUUGAGGGUUAGGCCAUAGGUUGAGGGUUAGGCCAUAGGUUGAGGGUUAGGCCAUAGGUUGAGGGUUAGGCCAUAGGUUGAGGGUUAGGCCAUAGGUUGAGGGUUAGGCCAUAGGUUGAGGGUUAGGCCAUAGGUUGAGGGUUAGGCCAUAGUUUGAGGGUUAGGCCAUAGGUUGAGGGUUAGGCCAUAGGUUGAGGGUUAGGCCAUAGGUUGAGGGUUAGGCCAUAGGUUGAGGGUUAGGCCAUAGGUUGAGGGUUAGGCCAUAUGUUGAGGGUUAGGCCAUAGGUUGAGGGUUAGGCCAUAGUUGAGGGUGGCCCUAUCGGUUGAGGGUUCGGCCAUAGGUUUGAGGGUUAGGCCAUAGGUUGAGGGUUAGGCCAUAGGUUGAGGGUUAGGCCAUAGGUUGAGGGUUAGGCCAUAUGGUUGAGGGUUAGGCCAUAGGUUGAGGGUUAGGCCAUAUGUUGAGGGUUAGGCCAUAUGAUAUAAGCAGAUGUAGGCUGUCAUAUAAUGUACCAUAACAUUUGUAUCAGAAGCAGCAGCACAUGAUGCUCCAUUUGAUGUGACACAUAGCAUGACCUGGCUGGUAUGUGGUGGUAGCCUGGGUAGGAUCAGUCUGUUAAGAUAACAUUCCACUCCGUUUCAUGCUAAACAUUGUGUGUGUGUGUGUGUGUGUGUGUGUGUGUGUGUGUGUGUGUGUUUUCUCCCUCUAUUCUACAGUCAGAGCAGCCUACUGCAUGUGAAAGCAGUUUACACAGCCAUGUUUUUUGUGACAUGCUGCCUGCCUCAGAACACGUGGAACCGCUAAUAUCUGUUUGGAUCAGAUUAAAGACUAUAUUAGAUUUAGAUUACUGAGGUGUAUUCACUGUCUGUUUUACUGAUGUUUACGUCUGCUCUGCUUGCCGUGUGUGUGUGGGUGUGUGUGGGUUUCAGCCUAACUAUGUUACUGCUCUGUCUGUCUGUCUGUUACUGCUCUGUCUGUCUGUCUGUCUGUCUGUCUGUUACUGCUCUGUCUGUCUGUCUGUCUGUCUGUCUGUCUGUCUGUCUGUCUGUCUGUUACUGCUCUGUCUGUCUCUGUGCUGUAUGUGGUUAGCACUCCUCUCCUGUACCUCUCUCCUCCUUCCUCCUCCUCUCCUGUACCUCUCUCCUCCUCCUCUCCUCCUCCUCCUCCUUCUCCUCUCCUGUACCUCUCUCCUCCUCCUCUCCUCCUCCUCCUCCUCCUCUUCCUCUCCUCCCUGUAUCUCCUCCUCCUCCUCUCCUGUACCUCUCCUCCUCCUCCUCCUCCUCCUCCUCCUCUCCUGUACCUCUCCUCCUCCUCCUCCUCCUCCUCUCCUCCUCUCCUCCUCCUCUUCCUCUCCUCCCUGUAUCUCCUCCUCCUCCUCUCCUGUACCUCUCCUCCUCCUCCUCCUCCUCCUCCUCUCCUGUACCUCUCCUCCUCCUCCUCCUCUCCUCCCUGUACCUAUCCUCCUCCUCCUCCUCCUCCUCCUCCUCCUCCUCUCCUCCUCCUCUGGGCUGGCUGGAUGCUGUGACCCGACCCUAUUGGCUGCCCUCCCCAACUCUGUGCCAAUGGACUCACGGAUGAGCUCUCAUAAGAGGAAGAAGUGUGUGUGUGUUAAUGCCAAUGGUGUGAGUAGGCCCCUGAGCUGAGACAUUGGGCAGACUGAGCAUCUACCACCCCAAUGUCCCCCCCCCCCCCCCCCCCCACACACACAUUUGAUCUGAACUCACCAUCACCCACUGAUUAACUGGUCAUUUGAUCUGAAAUCACCAUCACCCACUGAUUAACUGGUCAUUUGAUCUGAAAUCACCAUCACCCACUGAUUAACUGGUCAUUUUUUAAGAAUGAAAAUGUUUUGAGCUAGUACUAUGUCAAUAGUACUCCUCCCGAGUGGUGCAGUGAGGCACUGCAUUGCAGUGCUAGCUGUGCCACUAGAGAUCCUGGUUCGAAUCCAGGCUCUGUCGUAGCCGGCCGCGACCGGGAGACCCAUGGGGCGGCGCACAAUUGGCCCAGCGUCGUCCAGGGUAGGGGAGGGAAUGGCCGGCAGGGAUGUAGCUCAGUUGGUAGAGCAUGGCAUUUGUAAUGCCAGGGUUGUGGGUUUGAUUCCAGUAUAAAAAAUAAAUAAAUAAAAUGUAUGCACUCACUAACUGUAAGUCGCUCUGGAUAAGAGCGUCUGCUAAAUGACUAAAAUGUAAAUGUAAAUGUGAAUAGAAAUUAGCUGGAUCUGUCUGAGCUGACUUCUGAGCUGACUUCUCUGAGCUGUGUGAGUGUGUGAGAUCAUGAUUCAUGACCCCGGUCAGAAAAGGGCUUGUCCAGUUGAUUCCCAUGGUAAUGUCAGGCUGUAGAUGGGGCUUUAUCUCAGAGGCUAGCUCGCACUACACAGGGUUCUCCCCAAAAAAAUUAAGAGGGGCGCUGCGCCACCUUGUGGACUGGCUUCACCACUAUGUAAAAAAAUACAUCAGAAUUACUUUAUCAUUUAAGGCCAUUUUUUUGGAAAAUAUCAGUUACAGGUGGAGUUACAGUUAAAUAGUGUCUACCCUUUUCCUCUUUAAUUCAGUCCUAAACACCCACUAACAACCUCCUCCCCUCUUCCUCUCCUCCCACCUCCAGGUGCUGGCCACAGGACUCAGUGCUCUCUACUCCUCUCUGCCUAGGAAGAUAGAGGUACGGGGGGAUGACUGGCACGCUCUGCGGAGGGAGGACUGGAUGGGCGUGUCCUCCCUGAUGCUCUUUAUGAACUCUCUGGAGUUCUGCAACGCUGUCAUCCAGGUGGCACACCCCCUGGUCCGCAGGCAGCUGGUGGAUUACGUUCACAACGGCUUCCUGGUUCCCGUCAUGGGACCCGCCCUACACAAGGUAGGGGGACGUUGUCAUCUAGCCUGAGCAUCUCGCUGAUUGGUUGAUUAUUAAAAGUAGCAGCUAGACUGCUCCUCAGUAUUAUAAAUGUUUAAAACAUGUAUUAUUAUACUCUUUUUGCCAUUCUGCCAACAACCUUUCAUCAGAAUUAUAUCUUAAUAUCUUAGUAUGUAUGGAAAAUAUACAGUACCAGUCCAAAGUUUGGACACACCUACUCAUUCAAAGGUUUGUCUUUAUUUUUACUAUUUUCUACAUUCUAGAAUAAUAUUGAAGACAUCAAAACUAUGAAAUAACACAUAUGGAAUCAUGUAGUAACCUAAAAAGUGUUAAACAAAUCAAAAUAUAUUUUAUAUUUGAGAUUCUUCAAAGUAGCAACCCUUCGCCUUGAUGACAGCUUUACACACUCUUGGCAUUCUCUCAACCAGCUUCAUGAGGUAGUCACCUGGAAUGCAUUUCAAUUAACAGGUGUGCCUUGUUAAAAGUUAAUUUGUGUGUUAACUUAAUGUGUUUGAGCCAAUCAGUUGUGUUGUGACACGGUAGGGGAGGUAUACAGAAGAUAGCCCUAUUUGGUAAAAGACCAAGUCCAUAUUAUGGCAAGAACAGCUAAAAUAAGCAAAGAGAAACGACAGUCCAUCAUUACUUUAAGAGAUGAAGGUCAGCCAAUCCGGAAAAUGUCAAGAACUUUGAACGUUUCUUAAAGUGCAGUCGCAAAAACCAUCAAGCGCUAUGAUGAAACUGGCUCUCAUGAGGACCACCACAGGAAUGGAAGACCCAGAGUUACCUCUGCUGCAGAGGAUAAGUUCAAUAGAGUUACCAGCCUCAGAAAUUGCAGCCCAAAUAAAUGCUUCACAGAGUUCAAGUAACAGACACAUCUCAACAUCAACUGUUCAUAGGGGACUGUGUGAAUCAGGCCUUCAUGGUCAAAUUGCUGCAAAGAAACCACUACUAAAGGACACCAAUAACAAGAAGAGACUUGCUUGGGCUAAGAAACAUGAGCAAUGGACAUUAGACCAGUGGAAAUAUGUCCUUUGGUCUGAUGAGUCCAAAUUUGAGAUCCGCCAUGUCUUUGUGAGACGCAGAGUAGGUGAAUGGAAGAUCUCUGCAUGUUUGGUUCCCACCGUGAAGCAUGGAGGAGGAGGUGCGAUGGUGUGGGGGGGGGGCUUUGCUGGUGACACUGUUAGUGAUUUAUUUAGAAUUUAAAGCACACUUAACCAGCAUGGCUACCACAACAUUCUGCAGCGAUACGCCAUCCCAUCUGGUUUGCGCUUAGUGGGACUAUCAUUUGUUUUUCAACAGGACAAUGACCCAACACACCUCCAGGGUGUGUAAGGGAUAUUUUACCAAGAAGGAGAGUGAUGGAGUGCUGCAUCAGAUGACCUGGCCUCCACAAUCCCCCGACCUCAACCCAAUUGAGAUGGUUUAGGAUGAGUCGGACGGCAGAGUGAAGGAAAAGCAGCCAACAAGUUCUCAGCAUAUGUGGGAACUCCUUCAAGACUGUUGGAAAAGCAUUCCAGGUGAAGCUGGUUGAGAGAAUGCCAAGAGUGUGCAAAGCUGUCAUCAAGGCAAAGGGUGGCUACUUUGAAGAAUCUAAAAUCUAAAAUACAUUUUGAUUUGUUGAACACUUUUUUUGGUUACUACAUGAUUCCAUAUCUGUUAUUUCAUAGUUUUGAUGUCUUCACUAUUAUUCUACAAUGUAGAAAAUAGUAAAAAUUAGUAGGUGUGAGUAGGUGUGUCCAAACCUUUGACUGGAAGUGUGUAUAUACAGUGGGGUAAAAAAGUAUUUAGUCAGCCACCAAUUGUGCAAGUUCUCCCACUUAAAAAGAUGAGAGAGGCCUGUAAUUUUCAUCAUAGGUACACGUUAACUAUGACAGACAAAUUGAGGAAAAAAAAUCCAGAAAAUCACAUUGUAGGAUUUUUAAGGAAUUUAUUUGCAAAUUAUGGUGGAAAAUAAGUAUUUGGUCACCUACAAACAAGCAAGAUUUCUGGCUCUCACAGACCUGUAACUUCUUCUUUAAGAGGCACCUCUGUCCUCCAUUCAUUACCUGUAUUAAUGGCACCUGUUUGAACUUGUUAUCAGUAUAAAAGACCUGUCCAUAACCUCAAACAGUCACACUCCAAACUCCACUAUGGCCAAGACCAUAGUCAAAGUAGCUGUCAAAGUACACCAGAAACAAAAUGGUAGACCUGCACCAGGCUGGGAAGACUGAAUCUGCAAUAGGUAAGCAGCUUGGUUUGAAGAAAUCAACUGUGGGAGCAAUUAUUAGGAAAUGGAAGACAUACAAGACCACUGAUAAUCUCCCUCGAUCUGGGGCUCCACGCAAGAUCUCACCCUGUGGGGUCAAAAUGAUCACAAGAACGGUGAGCAAAAAUCCCAGAACCACACGGGGGGACCUAGUGAAUGACCUGCAGAGAGCUGGAACCAAAGUAACAAAGCCUACCAUCAGUAACACACUACGCCGCCAGGGACUCAAAUCCUGCAGUGCCAGAAGUGUCCCCCUGCUUAAGCCAGUACAUGUCCAGGCCCGUCUGAAGUUUGCUAGAGUGCAUUUGGAUGAUCCAGAAGAGGAUUGGGAGAAUGUCAUAUGGUCAGAUGAAACCAAAAUAGAACUUUUUGGUAAAAACUCAACUCGUCGUGUUUGGAGGACAAAGAAUGCUGAGUUGCAUCCAAAGAACACCAUACCUACUGUGAAGCAUGGGGGUGGAAACAUCAUGCUUUGGGGCUGUUUUUCUGCAAAGGGGCCAGGACGACUGAUCCGUGUAAAGGAAAGAAUGAAUGGGGCCAUGUAUCGUGAGAUUUCGAGUGAAAACCUCCUUCCAUCAGCAAGGGCAUUGAAGAUGAAACGUGGCUGGGUCUUUCAGCAUGACAAUGAUCCCAAACACACCGCCCGGGCAACGAAGGAGUGGCUUCGUAAGAAGCAUUUCAAGGUCCUGGAGUAGCCAUUCUCCAGAUCUCAACCCCAUAGAAAAUCUUUGGAGGGAGUUGAAAGUCUGUGUUGCCCAGCGACAGCCCCAAAACAUCACUGCUCUAGAGGAGAUCUGCAUGGAGGAAUGGGCCAAAAUACCAGCAACAGUGUAUGAAAACCUUGUGAAGACUUACAGAAAACGUUUGACCUGUGUCAUUGCCAACAAAGGGUAUAUAACAAAGUAUUGAGAAACUUUUGUUAUUGACCAAAUACUUAUUUUCCACCAUAAUUUGCAAAUAAAUUCAUUAAAAAUCCUACAAUGUGAUUUUCUGGAUUUUUUUUCCUCAAUUUGUCUGUCAUAGUUGAUGUGUACCUAUGAUGGAAAUUACAGGCCUCUCUCAUCUUUUUAAGUGGGAGAACUUGCACAAUUGGUGGCUGACUAAAUACUUUUUUCCCCCACUGUGUAUAUAUAUAUAUAUAAAAAGUAUGAAAAUGUAUGCACUCACUACAGUAAGUCGCUCUGGAUAAGAGCAUCUGCUAAAUGACCAAAAUGUAAAUGUUCAUGCAUUGUUCAUCCUCUCUCUCUCUCUCCCUCUCCUCUCCCCCUCUCUCUCUCCUCUCUCCUCUCUCUACUCUCUCCCUCCUCUCUCCUCUCUCUCCCCCCUCUUCACUCUUUCCGCUCUCACUCUCUCCCUCUCUCUCCCUCUCAUCCCCUCCCUCUCUCUCUUUCUCCUCUCUUCCCCCUCCUCGCUCCUCUCUCCUCUCUCUCAUUCCUCUCCCGCUCUUUCCUUCCCUCUCCCUCCUCAUCGGGUCGUCGCUCUCUCUCAAAUCUCUCUCUCAGAGAGGUCUCUCUCUCCUGCUCCUCCUCUCUCUCCCUCUGCUCUCGGUCUCUCUCUCUCCCUCUCCUCUCUCUCUCCCACUCUCGUCCCCCCCCCUCGGUCUCUCCGUCUACCAGUCCCUCAUCGGGCAAUUGCAAGCCCGUCUCUCCAUGAGCUCCUCAAGGCUCGGCUCUCUCCCCCUCAGGCCUCUCUCGCUCCUCAAUCCGCUCCCCUCUCUUCUCUUCUUCGGCUCUCUCCAUUCUCUCUCGCUCUCUCGUCUCUGGUCUCGACUCCUCUUCUCUCCUCUCUCCUCCUCUCGCUCCCUCCCCCCCCCUCUAGCUUUCUGCUCUCCCCCCCCUCUCCUCUCUCCGCAUCCCUACUCUCGGUAUAUAGCUCAUCCCCCUUCUCUCUCUCCUCUCCUCCCCCUCUCUCUCUCCUCUCUCUCUCUCUCCCCCCCUCCUCCCCCCACUCCUCUCCCCUCGCCCCUUCUCCCCAUCUCCCUCUCUCUCUCCCACCCUCCAGUCGUCUGUAGAUGAGAUGAUAGCCAGCACAGCCUACCUGGAUCUGUUCCUGCGCAGCGUCACGGAAACGGCUCUCCUCAAAACCUUCCUGCGCUUCAUCCUCAUGCAUCGCCAUGACAACGACACCAUCCUGGACACCUUGCUGACUCGCAUCAGCAGCAACUCAAGAGUCAGUAGUAACAGAACAUUGUGUGGUGGAACGAGAUGACACGGUUAAUAGUUGGGAUGUAACGACUCACCGACACGCAUCGGUCCUCGGUUCAAAUGUUUCAGAUACCAGUGGAUCAGGUCCGCGGGAGCCCAAACCGAUUUAUUGCGUUGGUCAGAAAACCGAUACAAAUGUUACGAAUCGCCGGUUCACUAAUAUUUCUUAUCUGUUGUGACUGAAUUGAUGCGUCCUCUCCUUCAGUUCAGUAACCUAUCAAACUUGAAUGCGUGUGACAGCGUUUGACUGUCAGAUAAGUAUGCACAGUGCGGGGGAGACACAGCUGAUCGCGUCAACAAGAUUUAGGCCUACCCCUGUUCUUCUGAUAGGCUAUGCUUACAUCUGGCACCUUCAGCAUUCAAAUGCUUGUAAAAUGGCUUUCGCAAUGUCAAAUCCUAAGGUUUAUUAGUUGAGUGACAACCAGUGUAAUUUGCUGGGUCAUUGUUACCAAAUGCGCUGUAGAAAAUGGUGUUUUACCGGAGUUGUGAAGCCUGCCGGAGUGGACGCAACUCACAUCCAACUGCUGAUUGGGGUUUUUAAUGAUUCCCAUUUUAUUUAGAUUGUCCAGGUUCACCAUCAGAAAUAGUUUUGGUUUAAACAGUCUGUGUACCAGGUAGUUUUUACAUGAACAGGGUAGGACCCUAAUCUCAUAAAGGACAGCAAUAAUUUCGCAUUCCAAAUUCCAAACGGUCUAGACCAGUUAAUCAGUGGGUGAUGGUGAUUUUCAGAUCAAAUGACCAGUUAAUCAGUGGGUGAUGGUGAUUUCAGAUCAAAUGACCAGUUAAUCAGUGGGUGAUGGUGAUUUCAGAUCAAAUGACCAGUUAAUCAGUGGGUGAUGGUGAUUUCAGAUCAAAUGACCAGUUAAUCAGUGGGUGAUGGUGAUUUCAGAUCAAAUGACCAGUUUAAUCAGUGGGUGAUGGUGAUUUCAGAUCAAAUGGGUUUAAGGGGGGGGUUUAGUUGGGUAAUUGGUUUUGGUUUUAUUUUAGAUCAAAAAUUUUGGGGUUUUUGGGGGGGGGGAACAUUAAUUCCCCCCCCCCCCCGAAUCGUUCAUGAAAGGAGAGAUGCACAUCCUUAAUUAAUAACAUUUACAUUUUACAUUUAAGUCAUUUAACAGAGUCUCUUGUCCAGACUUACGGUUAGUGAAUAUAUCUUAAGGUAGCUAGUUGAGACAACCACAUAUCACAGUCAUAGUAAGUUAAAUGAAUUAAACAAGUAAUUCAUCUAGGAAAUGGUCUCUAACCCAAACACAAAUAUGCAUUGCAAAGGUAUUCUGCUUCCAUCAUGUGUUUCUACCUGUCUCUACCUGUGGCUAAUGUUCUGGUGCUUCUCUACCUGUGGCUAAUGUUCUGGUGUCUCUACCUGUGGCUAAUGUUCUGGUGUCUCUACCUGUGGCUAAUGUUCUGGUGUCUCUACCUGUGGCUAAUGUUCUGGUGUCUCUACCUGUGGCUAAUGUUCUGGUGUCUCUACCUGUGGCUAAUGUUCUGGUGUCUCUACCUGUGGCUAAUGUUCUGGUGUCUCUACCUGUGGCUAAUGUUCUGGUGUCUCUACCUGUGGCUAAUGUUCUGGUGUCUCUACCUGUGGCUAAUGUUCUGGUGUCUCUACCUGUGGCUAAUGUUCUGGUGUCUCUACCUGUGGCUAUGUUCUGGUGUCUCUACUGUGGCUAAUGUUCUGGUGUCUCUACCUGUGGCUAAUGUUCUGUUGUCCUCUACCUGUGGCUAAUGUUCUGGUGUCUCUACCUGUGGCUAAUGUUCUGGUGCUUCUCUACCUGGGCUAAUGUUCUGGUGUCUCUACCUGUGGCUAAUGUUCUGGUGCUUCUCUACCUGUGGCUAAUGUUCUGGUGUCCUACCUGUGCUAAUGUUCUGGUGUCUCUACCUGUGGCUAUGUUCUGGUGUCUCUACCUGUGGCUAAUGUUCUGGUGUCUCUACCUGUGGCUAAUGUUCUGGUGCUUCUCUACCUGUGGCUAAUGUUCUGGUGCUUCUCUACCUGUGGCUAAUGUUCUGGUGCUUCUCUACCUGUGGCUAAUGUUCUGGUGUCUCUACCUGUGGCUAAUGUUCUGGUGUCUCUACCUGUGGCUAAUGUUCUGGUGUCUCUACCUGUGGCUAAUGUUCUGGUGUCUCUACCUGUGGCUAAUGUUCUGGUGUCUCUACCUGUGGCUAAUGUUCUGGUGCUUCUCUACCUGUGGCUAAUGUUCUGGUGCUUCUCUACCUGUGGCUAAUGUUCUGGUGUCUCUACCUGUGGCUAAUGUUCUGGUGUCUCUACCUGUGGCUAAUGUUCUGGUGUCUCUACCUGUGGCUAAUGUUCUGGUGUCUCUACCGUGGCUAAUGUUCUGGUGCUUCUCUACCUGUGGCUAAUGUUCUGGUGUCUCUACCUGUGGCUAAUGUUCUGGUGUCUCUACCUGUGGCUAAUGUUCUGGUGUCUCUACCUGUGGCUAAUGUUCUGGUGUCUCUACCUGUGGCUAAUGUUCUGGUGUCUCUACCUGUGGCUAAUGUUCUGGUGCUUCUCUACCUGUGGCUAAUGUUCUGGUGUCUCUACCUGUGGCUAAUGUUCUGGUGUCUCUACCUGUGGCUAAUGUUCUGGUGUCUCUACCUGUGGCUAAUGUUCUGGUGUCUCUACCUGUGGCUAAUGUUCUGGUGUCUCUACCUGUGGCUAAUGUUCUGGUGCUUCUCUCCUGCAGCUGUGUAUGGUGUCUUUGAGCCUAUUCAGGACUCUGCUCUCUCUCAACUGUGAAGACCUCAUGUUGCAGUUGGUUCUCAGGUAGAAACUGUGUGUGUGUGUGUGUGUGUGUGUGUGUGUGUGUGUGUGUGUGUGUCACUCACUGUUUAUUAUAAAGCUGGUUGACCAUAUAUGAAAUACAUGUGUAGUCUAUAUGAAAUACAUGCGUAGUCUAUAUGAAAUGCAUGUGUAGUCUAUAUGAAAUACAUGUGUAGUCUAUAUGAAAUACAUGCAUAGUCUAUAUGAAAUGCAUGUGUAGUCUAUAUGAAAUACAUGUGUAGUCUAUAUGAAAUACAUGCGUAGUCUAUAUGAAAUGCAUGUGUAGUCUAUAUGAAAUACAUGUGUAGUCUAUAUGAAAUACAUGCAUAGUCUAUAUGAAAUGCAUGUGUAGUCUAUAUGAAAUACAUGUGUAGUCUAUAUGAAAUACAUGCAUAGUCUAUAUGAAAUGCAUGUGUAGUCUAUAUGAAAUGCAUGCGUAGUCUAUAUGAAAUACAUGUGUAGUCUAUAUGAAAUACAUGUGCAGUCUAUAUGAAAUACAUGCGUAGUCUAUAUGAAAUGCAUGUGUAGUCUAUAUGAAAUACAUGUGUAGUCUAUAUGAAAUACAUGCAUAGUCUAUAUGAAAUGCAUGUGUAGUCUAUAUGAAAUACAUGUGUAGUCUAUAUGAAAUACAUGCAUAGUCUAUAUGAAAUGCAUGUGUAGUCUAUAUGAAAUGCAUGCGUAGUCUAUAUGAAAUACAUGUGUAGUCUAUAUGAAAUACAUGUGCAGUCUAUAUGAAAUACAUGCGUAGUCUAUAUGAAAUGCAUGUGUAGUCUAUAUGAAAUACAUGUGUAGUCUAUAUGAAAUACAUGCAUAGUCUAUAUGAAAUGCAUGUGUAGUCUAUAUGAAAUGCAUGUGUAGUCUAUAUGAAAUGCAUGCGUAGUCUAUAUGAAAUACAUGCAUAGUCUAUAUGAAAUACAUGCAUAGUCUAUAUGAAAUGCAUGUGUAGUCUAUAUGAAAUGCAUGCGUAGUCUAUAUGAAAUACAUGCAUAGUCUAUAUGAAAUGCAUGUGUAGUCUAUAUGAAAUACAUGUGUAGUCUAUAUGAAAUACAUGUGUAGUCUAUAUGAAAUACAUGUGUAGUCAAAGUGUAUUGUUGUCGUGCAGGUAUCUUGUGCCCUGUACCCAUGUGAUGUUGAGUCAGAGGCGUGCCGUCAGGGAGACGGAUCUCUAUGGUAAAUCAGCUGACAAGUUCCUGUCCCUCAUCCCAGAGUGCUGCCGCCUUAGCACACUGCCCCCUGCUGAGCGGGAGGAAGAACCUGCUCUCUGUGGGAAAGGUAACCAACUGGGCACCUUUUUUAAAGUUUUAUUUACACUUUAUUCAGACAGUAAGGAAAUUAGAUGGGGAGACCGGCAAAUGGGAGAAACAGUGGGAAGGUUGGACGCAGGGAAUGACCCUUGGUCUCCUGUGGGGGGUUGAUCCCUGGUGUCCUGUGGGGGGGUUGAUCCAUGGUCUUCUGUGCGGGGUUGAUCCCUGAUCUCCUGUGGGGAGUUGAUCCCUGGUCUCCUGUGGGGGGUUGAUCCCUGGUGUCCUGUGGGGGUUGAUCCCUGGUGUCCUGUGGGGGUUGAUCCCUGGUCUCCUGUGGGGGGGUUGAUCCCUGGUCUCCUGUGGGGUGUUGAUCCCUGGUCUCUUGUGGGGGGUUGAUCCCUGGUCUCCUGUGUGGGGUUAAUCCCUGGACUCCUGUGUGGGGUUGAUCCCUGAUCUCCUGUGGGGAUUUGAUCCCUGGACUCCUGUGUGGGGUUGAUCCCUGAUCUCUUGUGGGGGGUUGAUCCCUGGUCUCCUGUGUGGGGUUGAUUCCUGGUCUCCUGUGGGGGGUUGAUCCCUGGUCUCCUGUGGGGGGUUGAUCCCUGAUCUCUUGUGGGGGGUUGAUCCCUGGUCUCCUGUGGGGGGGUUGAUCCCUGGUCUCCUGUGGGGGGGUUGAUCCCUGGUCUCCUGUGGGGGUAUGAUCCCUGUUCUUCUGUGGGGGGUUGAUCUCUGGUCUCCUGUGGGGGUUUGAUCCCUGGUCUCCUGUGGGGGGUUAAUCCCUGCUCUCCUGUGGGGGUUUGACCCCUAGUCUCCUGUGGAGGGUUGGUCCCUGGUCUCAUGUGGGUGUUUGAUCCCUGGUGUCCUGUGGGGGGUUGAUCCCUGGUCUCCUGUAGGGGGUUUCAUCCCUGGUCUCCUGUGGGGGGUUGAUCCCUGGUCUCCUGUUGGGGGUUGAUCCCUGGUCUCCUGUGGGGGGUUAAUCCCUGCUCUCCUGUGGGGGUUUGACCCCUAGUCUCCUGUGGAGGGUUGGUCCCUGGUCUCAUGUGGGGGGUUGAUCCCUGGUGUCCUGUGGGGUGUUGAUCCCUGGUCUCCUGUGGGGGGUUGAUCCCUGGUCUCCUGUGGGGGGUUGAUCUCUGGUCUGCUGUGGGGGGUUGAUCCCUGGUCUCAUGUGGGGGGUUGAUCCAUGGUCUCCUGUGGGGGUUUGAUCCCUGGUCUUCUGUGGGGGGUUGAUCCCUGGUGUCCUGUGGGGGGUUGAUCCCUGGUGUCCUGUGGGGGUUUGAUCCCUGGUGUUCUGUGGGGGUUGAUCCCUGGUCUCCUGUGGGGGGUUGAUCCCUGGUCUCCUGUGGGGGGUUGUUCCCUGGUCUCCUGUGGGGGGUUGAUCCCUGAUCUCCUGUGGGGGGUUGAUCCCUGAUCUCCUGUGGGGGGGUUGAUUCUGAUCUCCUGUGGGGGGUUGAUCCCAGGUGUCCUGUGGGGUGUUGAUCCCUGGUGUCCUGUGGGGUGUUGAUCCCUGGUCUCCUGUGGGGGGUUGAUCCCUGGUCUCCUGUGGGGGGUUGAUCCCUGGUCUCCUGUGGGGGGUUGAUCCCUGGUCUCCUGUGGGGGUUUUAUCCCUGGUCUCCUGUGUUUUUUUAAAUCCCUGGUCUCCUGUGGGGGGUUGAUCCCUGUUGUUCUGUGGGGUUUGAUCCCUGGUCUCCUGUUGGGGGUUGAUCCCUGGUGUUCUGUGGGGGUUGAUCCCUGGUCUCCUGUGGGGGUUUGAUCCCUGGUCUCCUGUGGGGGGUUGAUCCCUGGUCUCCUGUGGGGGGUUGAUCCCUGGUCUCCUGUGGGGGGUUGAUCCCUGGUCUCCUGUGGGGGGUUGAUCCCUGGUCUCCUGUGGGGGGUUGAUCCCUGGUCUCCUGUGGGGGGUUGAUCCCUGGUCUCCUGUGGGGGGUUGAUCCCUGGUCACCUGUGGGGGGUUGAUCCCUGGUCACCUGUGGGGGGUUGAUCCCUGGUCUCCUGUGGGGGGUUGAUCCCUGAUGUUCUGUGGGGGGUUGAUCCCUGGUCUCCUGUGGGGGGGUUGAUCCCUGGUGUCCUGUGGGGGGUUGAUCCCUGGUGUCCUGUGGGGGGUUGAUCCCUGGUGUCCUGUGGGGGGUUGAUCCCUGGUGUCCUGUGGGGGGUUGAUCCCUGGUGUCCUGUGGGGGGUUGAUCCCUGGUGUCCUGUGGGGGGUUGAUCCCUGGUCUCCUGUGGGGGGUUGAUCCCUGGUCUCCUGUGGGGGGUUGAUCCCUGGUCUCAUGUGGGGGGUUGAUCCCUGGUCUCCUUUGGGGGGUUGAUCCCUGAUCUCCCUUGGGGGGUUUGAUCCCUGGUCUCCUGUGGGGGGUUGAUCCCUGGUCUCCUGUGGGGGGUUGAUCCCUGGUCUCCUGUGGGGGGUUGAUCCCUGGUCUCCUGUGGGGGGUUGUGACACAUGUCUCUUAUCCAGAGCAUCCUACAAUGUACCUUAUUAAUAAGAAAUAAGACAUAAACAAUAGGAGCAGGUAAACCAUGGUGUUGUGUUAGAGUUGGACAGAGUUGAACUAUAAGUGUACAUGUUACUGGAUAACCAUGACUGACGUUCCUCCCUGUUAUGUGCUCUCUGUCUGUCUCUCUCCCCCCGUCUGUCUCUCUCCCCCCGUCUGUCUCUCUCCCCCCGUCUGUCUCUCUCCCCCCCGUCUGUCUCUCUCCCCCCGUCUGUCUUUCUCUGCCCGUCUGUCUUUCUCUGCCCGUCUGUCUCUGUCCGUCUGUCUCCCCCUCUCUGUCCGUCCGUCUGUCUCCCCCGUCUGUCUGUCUGUCUCCCCCAUCUGUCUGUCUGUCUCCCGACUUCUGUCUCCCUCUGUCUGUCUGUCUGUCUGUCUGUCUGUUUCUGUCUCCCCCUGUCUGUCUGUCUCUCCCUAUAUAUCUCUCUGUCUGUCUCUGUCUGUCUCCCCCUAUCCGUCCAUCCGUUUCUCUGUCUCUCCCUGUCCUUCUGUCUGUAGUACUGAAUAGUCCCAGCUCAGAGUCUCCCGUACACCCCAAACCCAGCACUCCGUCCCGCCUGGCCCUCUUCAUGCGCCAGCAGAGCACUGCACUGCCCUCCACCCCCUCCCCCACUAAGACGGACCCCUCGUCCCCCCGCGGGGGCCCCAGCACCCCCCUGUCCCCCGACAGCCCCAUGCACCCCGUCCCAGAGGGGCUGGACUGGGAGUCGGGGUACCUGGAGUACCUCAGGGACGCCCGUAGGGGGGUAGAGUUGUGCUCCUGGGCCUGCCGGAACUGGUCAGCCCCCUAUGAUGGAGAGGACCCCUCGCCCAACAUGGCCCCCCUACCGCCCCCAAUCCCCACCUCCAACCCCUCCCUGGCCAUGUUCCCAGAACACUUCUCCUUCCAGCAGGGAGGAGGAGGAGGUGGUGGUGGUGGAGGAGGAGGUAGUAACUCUCCCGGCCAGCAGAGGGCAACGGUGGUGGCAGCAGCGCGGUCAGAGUGGACCAGUACAGAGAGGGACAGUGGAGAGUGGGACGUCACCAUCUGUAAGAACAACUGUUCUAUCAGCCUCACGCCUCGCACCAAGAAACGCUGCCUGCAGAGAGAGGAGGUCACCCUCCCCAAACCUCUUCAUCUCCUUCCCGACUCUACCUCUGCCUCCGUUCCUGAUCCCUCCGCCCCCACCACAGGCCCUCACCAGGCCGUCUUCAAUGGGGACAGCCAGGAUGGAGGGAUGGAGGUUAAGAAGGUGAAGAGAGAUUUGGGUGAGCAGCGGCAACCUGCGGGGGGUGACUCUAGUCGGAACGUCGUGGUUGGUGCCUGCCCUACCCCGGCCCAGUCCUGUGGGCCCCUACAGGGCUUGCACAGUGAAGGGAACUGCAGUGUGGCUGGGGAAAGCUCCAGAGGUCUUCCACCACACGUACAGAGUCACACCCAGCAUCAGCCUACUCCACGGCCCUCAGCAACCCGUACCAACCCCUCCAACGUCAGCCUGACCCCUCAGGUCCACAUCCCUGCACCCGGCCCUGGAUCGGGAUCGGGACGUCCAGAGGCAACGCUCUCUAACCAGUCAGAAGCAGUGGAGCGGCUGAUCUCUGAGCUCCUGGAUGGGGCUGGGCCGGGGGAGGAGGGGCAGCCGGGGCCUGGGGACUCCAACAGCCAGGGCAUCAGCAUCGAGGCCUUCACCCAGGAACUCCGGGAGCUGGAGGAGAGGGUGAUGGAGAGGAGCAGGGGGGCGGGGCUGCUCAGACAGCUGGAGGAGACCACCAGAGACCCCCUCCCAGAGGAACCACCGCCCCCCUCGCCCCUGGACACUGACCUGAUGGGGACUGGGACAGGGGCUGGAGUGGAGCUCAAGGGAGUGGGGUCAGCUGUGGGGGUGUUCAGCCCUGCCAGGCCUCUAGGACAGUCAUCCUCUCAGCCCUACACAGGUGAGAAGGACCACCACAGUACAGUGCUGUGUGUGUGUGUAAUGUGUAUCAGACUGUUGAUAUUGUCUUCUCUAAAGUUGUUUAUGUGGAUGAUGUCAGUUGCCAAAUAUUGAUUUGGUGUUUGAUGUUGGAGGAUAUUGAUUGAUGUUGGAGGAUAUUGAUUGAUGUUGGAGGAUAUUGAUUGAUGUUGGAGGAUAUUGAUUGAUGUUGGAUGAUGCUCAAUUGUUUUACUUUUGAUGAUGGCUUUAGGUUUUCUUUUUGUUCACUGUUUUAUGCUUGAUGUUUGGUGUGGCACAGUAAAUUAAUACUGACAGUUUUAUAAUUGAUGUUUGGUGAUGUGACACAGUAAAUUAAUACUGACAGUUGCUUCCUUUGAUAUUUAGUGUUGCCUGUUUUUUCAUGUUGGAUCUAGCCUUCCGCUGGUGUGCAGGUGCACCCUCUCCCUCCCUCCCUCCAUUCUCACGUUCUCUCCCUCCCUAUCUCUCUCUCUCCCUCCCCCGUCAGGUCCGUUUAUGGUGGUUCUGUUUGCCAAGCUGGAGAACAUGCUCCAGAACUCUCUGUAUGUAAACAUCCUGCUGACAGGGAUUCUGGGCCAGCUUGCCUGCUACCCUCAGCCCCUGCUCCGAUCCUUCCUCCUCAACACCAACAUGGUGUUCCAGCCCAGCGUCAAGUCUCUCAUACAG